CAUUGCGUACAUGCCGUACCAUUCAUUAUGAGGUAUAGCAACGUUCAUCAAUUCAUCUGUGUUUACAUAACAUAUCGUUUAUACAUAUAACAACUUUAAAAUAUCUCAAAUCUUUUCUACCACAAUUUAAGAUUUAUUUCUGUCCAUCGUGAGUUUACUGAUAACAUGCCACCUAGUUGACACAUGUAAUUGUAAAACUCGACAUAGACAGGAGUUCUGGACACAACGUACGUAGUCGUCGGUAAUGAGGACAGUCAUCAAACUACGUCAUCGGAAGAAGUUAGCUGUGAUCCUGAUGUUGUCAGUCAUUGGAUUAUGGAUACUUUAUCCCAGACGUUCUACAUUAAUUUCUGUGAAAGCGGAGAGGGACAGUGAUAGGACAGUGGAAAUGGUGCACAGAUCUUCUAAAGAUGACGUAACAGAACGUUUCCAUGGCGACAAACAGAGCAAAUUUACAAAUGUGACAAAGAUCUUGAUCCUGACUUACAUGAGAAGUGGUUCGUCCUUCGUGGCUGAGUCAUUACAACAGGGAUAUAAUGAUACUUUCUACAGCUUCGAACCGUUUUGGGAAAUAUACAAAAAGGGGUAUAUUACACCCGAACGGGUAUGUCAUAGAGACAAUAGAUGUAGUAUGUUUACCAAUGAGCUCCAGCCGCCGGAGGUUGCAAUUUCAAUUCUCAAAGAUAUAUUUGAAUGCAAACUAGACUCACUACCCGAGGAAGUGCUUCACUCAUUUUCAAAAUUUGAGCAGCUUGCAGAUCAUAGAAGACUUGAGAAAUGUUUUCCUGUGCUUAAGAAACAUCGUUACGGGAAAAUAAAACAGAAAACUGUUGACCGCAUGUCCAAGACCAGAUCAAAAUGCACGGCAUACCUUGAGCGCAAGUGUCGUUUGUCUAAACAACGCGUUGUAAAGUCCAUACGGAUAUCACUCCAGCUAACAAAGGCUAUAUUAGAAAAGAUAAAACAUUUAAAGGUUAUUCAUUUGAUACGUGAUCCCAGGGCGAUUUUACAGUCCCGUCGAAGCAUAGGAGAAUUUAUGCAAGAGAGUUUUAUUCCAAAUGUUAAACAACUAUGUCACAGAAUGUCUCGUGACAUUGACGAGGUACGUGCGUUACAAGAUGUGUACCCAGGGCGGAUUUACCCACUAAGAUACGAGUGUCUGGCUGAAAGACCUGAUACAGUUCUACGUAAAAUAUACAGUGACUUGUCACUACCGUUUAACCCGAAAACAGAAGACUGGAUUAAUUCAUACGCAAAAGGAAUUACUCAUUCGGUGAUGAAUCACACAAAUAACAUUAAUGACGUCACCGAAAAUUUGUCAACAACAACUAAUAGUAACACAGACAAGGUGGAACAUAACCUGACAAUUUCGGAGGAAAUAACGUCAAAUGGUAUCAGAACAGGUUACAACGUUUUCAAAACAAAUUCUACGGUUAUCUCUGGCGGCUGGCGUCUGAAGAUACCCUAUAAUGACGUUAUAUUGAUCGAUAAACUAUGUAGUGAAACAUACGAAAGGAUAGGUGUGCGCUCGUUUAAAUCACAGUUAGAGCUGAUGGAUUUAAGUUAUAGUGAUCGAUAUAACAAAUCCUACACUGACAGGUAUUGUUCGUAGUUUAUUUUAUGUGGGUGUUGUUUAUACAAAUAUUUAUCCCAUGUGGAUGUUGUGAUGUAUUCAAUUUAGUUCACUUUAAUUCAAGUUCUGUACUACGUUUUCAAGCACUGUCCAAAUAACAAUGUGUACAAGUAUCAUUAUACAAACUGUAAUUAACACUUCUUAAUGUUACAGUUGUGUGACCGCACAACGCACCAAAAAUAGCGUGCGCACAUCAUGCAUACAUCGUGCACACACCGUCCACACAAGGUGCACACAACUGUGCGAUUUUUUUAAACAAUCGUUCGCCCUUUUGUGAGCUUCUCUCCGCACACAUGUGCGAUUUGGUACAAUUGGUUGAUCAAUAUUACGGAAUGAAAAAGGUCCGGAAGGCCCUCAUGCAAUACGGUACACUGUAUAUAUCAAUUUCUCAUUAAUUAACAGUCAGAUACAAGUUCAGGCUUGCAGUGUCAGUACUGAGCGAUCAAUCCUCCGCUUAAACACAAAAUAGAUAAACUUGCAUACAUUUUUCAAUAAAUCUUCAUGUUUGUACAGAGUAUUUACUCAUGAAUAAAUUGAUUAUGCUACACAGAGUGUGAUAUAUAAACCUGUGAUACGUACAUGUACAUGUUAUGCCUUACUCAGGACAGACAUCUUUCGACAUACAACUUUC